AUGACGCAGAAGAGCAAUCAGUUCAAGGGCCAACAGAAGAAGAAGACUAUUGCCCCAAACCGCCAUGGAAAAGCCGUUCAAAAUCGCAAAGGAAGGAGAAAUAUGAAACCAUUAAAGACGACGAAGGAGUUAGACACCGACCGGGAGCUUACGAAAUUCAUAAACCAUUGCAAUGAAGUGAAAGCUGCCAAUGCUGCUUGCAAAGAAGGUGGUCAACUUAAUAUCCUCAAAGCUGAAUCUCAAGCUGGUCCUUCCAAGAAAUCUGCCAAGUAG